CCCGCGGUGUGAUGCUGAUAAGCCGGGAGGUCAGAAUAUGCAUAUUUCUUAUCUGAUAACGAGGCUCUACGUCAUAGAUACUCUUGAGUUCCCCACAGUUCUUUGUUUACUAUUAGCGAAAGCACAUGUACAUGAUGUAAAAUGGUCUAUUGCGCUGCAUUUGGAUGUAAUAAUAAGGCACAAAAGGGCAAAGGGAUAAGUUUUUUCACUUUUCCUAAAGAUGUUAAUCUCAGAAAGCAGUGGGCUCAUUAUUGUCGGCGAAAGGACUUUACUCCCACUUCAGGACACAGAUUAUGCUCUGAUCACUUUUCGCCCAAGUGUUUCCAACAAGACCCCAAGCUUCUCGGUGAAAUGGGACUUCAGGAAACAUUUAGGAAACGUUUGAGAAUAAAUGCAGUCCCAGAUGUGCCACUUUUGACCGAAGAAGAGCUGUGUAGCGAACAGACAACAGCAAAGGUCCGUGGAGCGUAUGCAAAGCGACAGAAAGCAGAGAUUAUUAAGGAAGCACUGAAAAAGAGUAAAGACACAGAAAAACCAAAGGAUACUGCAAGUGCUGUUGCCUCCAAAAGUGUUGAAACAAAAAACAAAAAAGUACAGGCUGAACUUCGCCCUCCGCAACGUACAAGAUUUCAUCAAACUGACGAGCGUAUUUUAGCGACAAAGAACAAGCUACGUUCAUUUGCAACACAGACAGACUCCAAAAUAACUAGAUAUCUAUCUCUUUCUCAAGAAUCUGCAAACUACAGUGAGGUUGAUGAUUAUAGUGAUGAAUCGGACAGUGAAGAUGAGGAAGAAUCAGAUGAUUUUUAUAUUCCAACAGAAGGAUCUGACCUUGAGGCUGAUGACGAUGAGGAUGGUGAAGGGGAAGUACAGGCAACCACAGUCAAGUUGCGACAAGAUGUCUCUCCGGUGGAGGAGAAACAGUUUUUGGUCAGUGAAACUGCACUUGCAGAAUUAUUGUCUGUUUGUAGGUAUUGCAGUGCAGAAUGUACCCCAAUCAUCAAAUUUGUUAGGGGUACCUUUAUCUACACUUCAUCAAAGUGCUUAAACAACCAUGAAUUUACCUGGAGCAGCCAGCCUUGUCACAACACUUUACCAUGGUCAAACCUUUUUACUGCCACUGCCAUUCUAACAAGUGGCUGCAAUGCUACAAAGGUAUUACAACUGUUUAAUAAUAUGAACCUGCAGAUGUUCACACCUAGAACCUACAACAGACUUCAAUCAUACUAUGUUGUACCUUCUGCAACAAGAACCUGGGAUUUUGAGCAGUCAGAACUACUUCAGGCAAUUAGACACGGACCUAGCCAGGAUGUUGUUGUAGGAGGAGAUGCACGGUGUGACUCCCCAGGAUAUUCUGCCAAAUAUGGUACCUAUACCAUCAUGGACCUUGAGAGAAACAAAAUUCUUGAUUUUCAGCUUGUGCAGAGUAAUGAAGUAAAGGGGUCUUCCCAUAUGGAGCUUGCUGGAUUAAAAAGAGCCAUGGGAUUUCUGAAAGAUCAUGUCAACAUAACAACCCUUGUGACAGACAGGCAUUCUAUGGUUAAGAAGCAUAUGAGAAUUUUCCAUGCAGACAAAAACCAUUAUUUUGAUGUAUGGCACAUUGCAAAAGGUGUUUCCAAAAAACUUGAAGCAGCAUCAAAAAAGGUCAACAGACAUCAAAUCCGACCAUGGAUUAAGUCAAUUGCCAACCACUGUCACUGGACAGCUUCAUCUUGUGAUGAUGAUGGGGAACUCAAGCAAGCUAAGUGGAAAUCAAUUGUGAACCACAUAGCCAACCAACACGAGAAUCACUCCCAACAAUAUCCUAGAUGUGAGCAUGCCCCCAUUGAAGAUGGCAGACAGUGGAUCAAAGAAGGUUCUGUUCCACACAAGUUAAUGAAGGAUAUAAUCCUCAGCCCCUUCCUUUUAAAGGACAUUGCCAAACUUUCGCCAACUCACCAAACAUACAGCCUCGAGGUGUUUCACUCAGUUGUGAACCACUAUUUACCAAAGAGCACCCAUUUUUACUAUCCAGCUAUGCUUGCAAGAUUGAGUGUUGCUGCCUUGCAUUUCAAUGAAAACAGCAGUAGACAACAGGCAAUGACAAAGGCUGGUGAGCUGCAAUAUGCAGUUUCUUAUCCAAAGGCAAAGAAAGGAUUGGAGGCAGUUGUAAAACCUAAGAAAAUUCCUCCAACAUUUAAUUAUGUGACCUUGAUUAAGCAGGCUGUCCAUGAACGGAGAAGUGUGGAAUGUCCUUCAUACAGAUGGGCUGCUGAUGAUAUUGCCGUGCUAAAUCAAGAUGUACCACUGCCGCUUACUCAAAACUUUGAGCAUUUUGAAAAGGCUGCCUUGAUACGCAGACACGCUUCAAGGUUUAUUCGAACGUGACAUUUCAAGUGCAUUGGACUAUUAUUAAAAAGUAAAGACAGUUGAAAUAAUCCAUUUGUAUAUUUUACAAAAAUUAUGAUAAUUUGUUCCGUAAAAUGUACAUUCAUCAUACAUAUAAUUAUCUUGCAUUUUAAUAUUGACAUUAUACAUGUAAUUUAUCAAGAUGUAUUAUUUUUUACAAUGAAUAGAAAUUUCACAUUGCAUAUUUGAACCCGCAAUAAUGUUCUGAGGGAAAUGCUUCUCGUAUCUUUGUCACUACACAUGCAGGCAAAAUUUUUCUGUGUUUUUUCCCAAGGAAAUGCCAGAUCCAUCUCACAAAUCUUCUGUAUGCAAGAUACCUGUAGAUUCUGAAGUUAAAAAAAAUCACAAUGUACAAGAAAUACUUGUUGAUUACAGAAAGAGUAAUUAAAUGGAAAUAAACUGAUAUUUCAUUGUCAUAA